UCCAAAGCACUUCCUUUGGUCGGACAAGGGUUCUACUUUUAGCUAAAACCCUUAAAAAAGCAAACAAACCACCAUGGCCAUGAGAGCAACGAUGUCGGCUUUGGCUGCGGCAGCUGCAGCUCCCCGUGGUGGUUUGCUGCGGCUGUUGUCAACAACUUCUACUUUAUCCUCCUCCUUCCCUUUUCCUCAGACCACUCAGCAAACUCCUGCACGAGAACAGGCUGAACCCAGCACCAAUCUCUUCGUAUCUGGGCUAAGUAAAAGAACAACAACAGAGGGACUCCAAGAGGCCUUUUCUAAAUUUGGUGAAGUGGUUCAAGCUAAAGUUGUAACUGACAGGACCUCAGGUUAUUCUAAGGGGUUUGGUUUUGUCAGAUAUGGUACCUUAGAAGAUGCUGCAGAAGGAAUAAAAGGCAUGGAUGGACAGUUUCUGGAUGGAUGGGUUAUAUUUGCAGAGUAUGCAAGACCCAAACAACCACCUUCUCAACCCCAGAACAACAUGGGUCCAGGAUAUGGAAACUACACAAAUCCUAAUCACCGCUGGCAGUGACCCUUGUGUUAAAGGGAACAAGUUUAUAGUUAUUAAACCAGCAUGGUCACAAGUACGAAUUAUGAAUUCUUGACAUUAUUGUGGUUUCUCUUCCACAGCUUGGAAGUAUAAACAUUUUGGAGAUCAACUUACAGUGAUCAGAACCAUGUGGUAAUCAACUGUUCCAUGUUGGGACUUUCUUGUACAACAUUAUAUUUGUUAUCCAUGAACAUCUUCGUCCAAA